UCUGCGUUACCCACUCCAGCCAGCUGAUGGCGAUAUGAGUCUUUCAGGUGAUGCUUCUUGCGUGACGUGUAUUCUAGUGGACGGGACAGGAUGCUUCUUCAACUGCGACAAAAGGCUUCUGAUUCAAUCAACGUGGUGGUUUGCUAGCUGGCUCAUAAUUAUGUUUACGUAUCUACUCGUUCAUUUAAACGUAAUUUGAGUCUUAGAUUAGCAAAUGUGUUAAAUUGAUACUGCACUAGGAUAAUCGCCCGGACCAUGAGCUCACUAAACUCGACGGAGAAAGAAGCUCUGAUGAAAGGAGAGGGAGAAGCUUUCAGGAUGAUAAAGGAGGAAGAGGAGGCUAUCACAUUGACAGAAGAGGAUGAUAUUACAGUGAAAGAGGAAGAUGGGAAAGAGGUUGUCAGAGUGGAAGAGGAGGAGGUAGUAACUUUAAGAAUAAAAAAGGAGGAAGAUGCCAUAACAUUGAAAGAAGAGGAAGAACAUUUUGUAGUAAAAGAGGAAGAGGAGGCUAUCUCAAUAAAAGAGGAGGAGAGGGAAUUUCCGAUUACCACCAGAGAGAGACAUGACUAUCGUGGAUCCUCUGGGGAGCCUCAACAACAUCCUGAUGCUGACGAGGCAGAGAAGAAUCUCUCCAGAUCAGAACACCAGAUGGACAACGCUAGCCCUUCCUCCCUCCCGGAGUCCCCGUUUCGUGCCUCUCCCGGUAGCACCUUACUGCUGGGUAUGAAGAGGUUGUCUGUGCUGCUGGUGGACUGCAGGAAAACAACGGGGCUGAGUGGAGCUAUGAGAGGAGGAGAAGAGAAGAAAGGAUCAGAUUUGACUCAUCAAAGAGAAAGACCAGACUCAGAGGAACCAGAGCCAGGGACGUCCAAACCAGCAAGACGACACCAGUGCUCCCACUGUGGAAAGGCUUGUAACCACUUAUGGGAGCUGAAACAACAUGAGAGAAUACACACAGGGGAGAAGCCUUACCACUGCUCCGAGUGUGGAAAGAGUUUUAGCCAUAAAGGAAACCUGAACCAACACGAGAGAAUACACACAGGGGAGAAGCCUUACCACUGCAUCCAGUGUGGAAAGAGUUUUAACCUGUUAGGGUCCCUGAAACGACAUGAGCGAUUACACACAGGGGAGAAGCCAUACCACUGUUCCCAGUGUGGAAAGGGUUGUAACCUCUUAUGGGAGCUUAAACAACAUGAGAGAAUACACACAGGGGAGAAGCCUUUUCACUGCUCGCAGUGUGGAAAAAGUUUUAACCAGAAAGGACACAUGAAAGCUCAUGAGAGAAUACAAACAGGGGAGAAGCCUUACCAGUGCUCCCAGUGUGGAAAGAGUUUUAACAAGUUAAGGAACCUGAAAGUUCAUGAGAUAAUACACACAGGGGAGAAGACUUACCAGUGCUCCCAGUGUGGCAAGUGUUUUAACCAGUUAGGGGCCGUGAAACAACAUGAGAGAAUACACACAGGUGAGAAGCCUUACCACUGCUCCCAGUGUGGAAAGUGUUUCAACCGGUCAGGUGAUCUGAAGAAACACGAGAGAAUACACACAGGGGAGAAGCCUAACACAGCUCCCAUUGUGGAAGGAGUUUUAACCAGAAAAGCAACCUGAACCAACAUGAGAUAAUACACAAAGGGGAGAAGCCUUACCACUCCUCCUGAAAGAACACAUGAGACUGCACACAGAGGAGAAGGCUUACAAAAGCCCAGGCUGUGGGAAAACAUAUUACUCAUAACAGUCACUUAAAGGCCAUUAGAGAAUCCACACAGGAGAGAGAAAUUACUUCUCUUAGCGUGUAUAUUGAUAUUUCACAUCACAUUGACUUAAAAUUCAUCAGAGAACAUACACAGUGCUCCCGUUAACUGAUAUUGUUGACUGAUAAUGUGUUUACCUGUUUUUACCAUAUGAAAUUGCUUCUUCCAAUUAUUGAUAAACAUGUACCUGUUAAGAAACUGACCGUUAGGUAUGUUAGUGCUCCAUGGAUUGAUGAGGAGUUUAAAAACUGUAUGUUUGAAAGAGAUGGGGCAAAAGGAGUGGCUAAUAAGUCUGGAUGCACAUCUGUACUGCAAAUUGAGAAAUUAUGUGACCAAACUCAACAAAAAUAAUAAACUUUAUUAUGAAGCCAAGAUCAAUGAUAGAAAGAAUGAUAGAAAAAGAACUUGGGAAAAAAAAUGAAAGAAAAGCACUGCAAGUAUUGAAUUUUGUCAAGUUAGUGUGGGAGAGGUGGAUAAAUU